AUGAAAGAUGAGAAAGAAAGAGAAUGUACAGCUAAUGAAGUGAAAGUCAUAUUUAUGCCAGAAAUAACAACAGAGGAGACGGUAUCCAUAAUUGAAGCAGAUGUGAAUGGGGGUUGUGCAGAAACUUUUUUACUAGUUUAUGUUGCUGGUUUAGUUUUUAGAGGCACCCAUAAGAAAAUAUCGUGUACAGAUUGUUCUGCUCUAUUUUCGUCAGAUGAAUUGGAGGCACACAACAUGUUCAUCUUGAACAAGGAAUGGUCAGAUGAGAAGAGGAGUUUGUAUUACCCAAGUAUUUAUAGGAAAGACUGCCAACGGAUACGAACAGGAACGGAUAAGGAUAUGAAUAUUGUCAUCGCAACAUACAACGUGAGAUCUCUGAGUAAUGACGCAAGACUGCUGGAACUGGAAGAAGUAUUUAAAACCAUGAAAUGGGAUAAAGUCGGCCUUUCUGAGGUGAAGAGAAGAGGUGAAGCUUGUUACAAAUUGGAGUCCGGUAAUAUUCUAUAUUAUAAAGGAAGAGAAAACGACACCCUGGACGGGGUGGGUUUUCUGAUUUCGAAAAGGUAUGCUGAUAGGGUCAAGAAUUUCACAGGAGUUUCAGAAAGAGUGGCAAUUGUUGUCAUUAGCCUAAACAAAACAGUUAGCCUGAAGAAUAUUCAGAUCUAUGCCCCAACCUCAACCCACGACGACGAAGAAGUUGAGGCAUUUUACGAAACAAUAACAACAGCUAUAGGUAGUUCUGGAUAUGGAAACCGAAACGAGAGAGGGGAAAUUCUAAUGAAUUUUUUGGAGACUAACAAUCUUUAUGCAAUCAAUACCUUCUUCAAGAAAAAACCACAGAGAAAAUGGACAUGGAUCUCACCAAACAGAAAAACUAAAAACGAAAUAGAUUACGUGUUAGCAAAGGAAAAGUUCAUUGUUCAAGACGUCACCCCCAUAAACAACGUAAUUUCAAAAAGAAUAGAUACAGAACUGCUUAAAAUCAAUAGCACGCAAUACGCUAGUCACCUCAAGGAACCUUGUGACCUGAAGCUAGAAGAGCUAUCACUAGAUGAAAUGAAUGAGGUCAUUACAGAUCAGUUAUUGAAGGCGAGCUCCAGAAUAGCCGCGCAUAAACAGACGAACAAGCUCAAGAUCAGUAACAAAUCCCAAGAAAUGUUGAGAAAAAGGCGUAAACUUCUAAAUGAUAACAAGAGGAAUACAGUUGAAUUCACUGAACUAAAUAAGACCAUAAGAAAACAAAUAAAAGCCGAAUUGAAAAAAUUACAGGAAGAGCGUAUUCAAACUAUAAUAGAAAAUAAUAGAAAUCUGAAGAACAUGAAGUCAAGAGUGGGAAUUAAGAAGAUAAUAUUGCUGAAAAACCAAGGCACAGAAAUCAGAAACAAAAAUGAGCUAGUGAAAAUAACUGAAGAAUACUAUGAAAAACUUUAUAGUUCCAGAAAUCCUCCCUCCAUCGCAACGACGGAAAAUUUGAAGAGAGUGAUAACUAAUGUCAAUUCUGAGGAAAUGCCAGAUAUAACGGUGGAUGAAAUAGACAGGGCAAUAUAA